AAAGGUACCAUUUUUUAUGUUGAUACCGGGGAAAUGAAAGAAGAAAAAUCUUCCGAAUUACCCACGUACAGUCACACUUGGACUUCAACUCAACGUUUUGAUUUAGCGGCAUUAUGUGUUUAUGUUGUGACUGAUAGUUCAUGGUCAAAUAAUGAUGCUGAAAAAGCUUGGAAACAAAGUUUUUUAGCUAAUAUUUUUCGUCAGUUGGCAGUUGAUGAUAAAAAAGAACAAGAUGUUUUAUUAAGGAUGCCAGGAGAGACAGGAAACGUUUCAAUAGCAAUUGAUUUACUUUCAUCAUCCUUUAAAAGUUUAAACAAUGAUGAAAAAAAAAUCGACAUUUGUGAAGAAGUUAUAUCUGAUAUGAUUAUAAUUUGCCUCGGAUUAUCACCAUCAAAUUUGGAAAAGGUUGAUAAGCAAUUAAAAGCAAAUGAUAAUUCUAAAGAAAGUUCUUUCAAGGAAAAGUUAGAUAAUGUAAUAUCAAAUACGAUUGGUUCCACUGAUUCACCGCCGAUUAUGCCAGCAGAAUAUGAUUCUAGAGCAAGAGCGAUCUUAUUUAAACUUGCUUCUCAUUUAAAUAUUUCUCCAUACAAAAUAAGAUCAACAGAAAAAGCUGUGGCACAACAUCUAUAUCUCUUGCGGCAACAAGCGGAAACUGGAAAAAAUGACCAAGAUCAUGAAAUUCAAGGAUUGCACACUAGCGCAAAUGAAAGCUUAAAUGAACGUGAAAAACGAAAGAAAAAAUGGAGAUGGAUGGCUACUGGGGUUGGUGUAGUUGUUGGUGCUACAGCGAUCGGCUUAACAGGCGGAUUAGCUGCUCCAUUUGUAGCUGCUGGUAUAAGUGCAAUAACUGGGGCAGGUAUCAUAGUUACUGCUGCGUCUAGUGCUGCUUUAAUGGGUUCUUUAUUUGGAAUUGCAGGAGGAGGACUUGCUGGUUACAAAAUGCACAAGAUAACUCAAGGUCUUAAAGAAUUUUCUUUUACUAGAGUUUUACAAGAUGAUUCGCUUCCUUUAAUCCCUUCUCUUCAUGUGAAUAUUGUUAUUUCCGGAUAUCUUUUGAAAAAUGAUGAUGAAAUAAUAAAUCCUUGGCUUCCAACUUUUCAAAAUAGUGCAAAUUAUAGUGACACAUUUGCAUUGUCAUUUGAUAAAGAAAUACUUCGAUCACUCGGACUUGCAUUUCGAAGAUUUUUGGCAGAAUCGGCUGUUAAAGUAGUAGCAAAUUCAGCUAUCCAACAAACAGUAUUUGCUGCUAUAGCAAAUGCUUUAUUAUUGCCAACCGUUUUAAUGAAAGCAGUAGAUAUGAUAGACAAUCCAUGGGCUUUAGGUGCGGAUCGUGCUCAAAAAGCUGGGUUAGUUUUGGCGGAUGUUUUAAUACAAAGAGUUCAAGGAAAAAGGCCAACCGUUUUGAUUGGAUAUUCACUUGGAGCUUUAGUUAUUUGGCAUUGUUUACUUGAAUUAGCAAAAAAACAACAAUAUGGAUUAAUUGAUACAGUUAUUUUAAUUGGAGCACCUAUUACAUCUACACAAACUUCUAAAUGGAAGAAUGCUAUAAGUGUAGUUAGCCGUAGAUUUGUUAAUGCAUAUGCAACAAAUGAUAUUGUACUUGGGUUAAUAUAUAGAAUGCAUUCGUUAGAUUUAAACGUUGCAGGAUUGCGCGCUGUAAAUUUUGAUAAAGUUGAAAAUUAUGAUAUUACUAAAUUUACUUCAGGACAUUUAGGAUAUUGUGACCCUGAAACUCUUUCGAAAAUUCUUAAAGAAAUUGAAUUAUAUUAAUUAUAUUAGGAAAUGAUUUUUUUUUUUUUUAUUGAACAUUGAUCAUUUUUUUAUUAUAUUUUAUUUUAUCUAUUACUAAUUUAAUUAAUAUAUAGGAAG